AUGACCAACUGGACAAACAUCUCAAGCUGCCAGCUUAGUCUCAGCUUGUGCAAUGCAGAGGCAACUGACAAUGAGACCAUGGGGGAUUACGGGGAGUACCCUGUCCAACUCUUCCCUAAGUCGUUACUCCCUGCGAUAACUGUGACCUGUGCUCUGCUAUUCCUUGUGGGAGUUACAGGGAACCUAAUGACCAUUAUUGUGUUCACUAAAUACAAAGACAUGCGAACGACCACAAAUAUGUACCUGUCUAGCAUGGCAUUUUCGGACCUGUUGAUUUUCAUGUGUAUGCCUCUGGACCUGUACAGAAUCUGGCGUUAUCGGCCAUGGAAUUUUGGGGACCAACUCUGCAAGCUAUUUCAGUUCGUCAGCGAGAGCUGUACUUACUCGACCAUCCUGCACAUCACAGCGCUGAGCGUGGAGAGGUAUUUCGCAAUAUGUUUCCCGCUCAAAGCUAAAGUUGUGGUGACAAGAGGACGCGUGAAGUGUGUCAUAGUCGUUCUCUGGCUGGUGGCUUGCUGCAGCGCGGGACCCAUAUUCGUUAUUGUCGGAGUUAAGCACAUAAAUGGAACAGACCCACUUGAGACAAAUGAAUGCACAAUUACGGAGUACGCCAUCCGCUCCGGACUUCUAACCAUGAUGGUGUGGGUGUCCGGUGUUUUCUUCUUUUUGCCUGUGUUGUGUUUGACAGUUCUGUACAGCCUUAUUGGCAGACGGCUGUGGAGGAGAAAGAGAAAUCCGUUUGCACACAACAUUUCCAACCGGGACAAAACUAAUAAGCAAAGUGUGAAGAUGUUAGUGGUGGUAGUAAUGGCGUUUGUUCUCUGUUGGCUACCUUUCCACGUGGGACGCUAUCUCUCCUCGAAGUCCUCAGAGGCCAACUCACCGCUCAUCUCUCAGAUCAGCGAGUACUGCAGCCUGAUCUCGUUUGUGCUGUUUUACCUCAGCGCAGCUAUAAACCCUAUUCUAUACAAUAUCAUGUCCAACAAAUACAGGAUAGCAGCAUGUAAACUCUUCGGAAUGAAGCAUUCGUCAGAGAGAUCGGCAACCGUCAAAACAGAGAGCGUGCCUGGAUGGGGAGAAUCAAGUGGCAAUACUUACCUCGGUGUCAGCUGAAUUUGGGAAGAUGUCGGGGCAUACGAACUCGAAAGCUUCCCUGUGAUGCUGACAGAGUUCGCCUGGUCUUUAUCGAUGAGCUCCAAGGUCCCUAAUAAAAUAGACAGAAACACUGAUGUUGCGUUUUUGUGAGUCAGAACUAGCAUGUCAUGGACUCAUCAACUUGUCCUCACAACUGAUUACACUUUUUAUAGCCCGCCAACUGCAUUGUAGAGUUUAUGAGUGUGUUAUGAUUCCAUAUGAGAAAUUUUACAAUUACGAGUAAUUACAAUUAAUUUCACUACAUUACGAACCCAUUGUCGUUAAGCACAACAAUCACAAUUAUGUAAGCUAUGAAUGAACACACCUAACCUGACAAAUUGAAAUGUGAUUUCUGGAUCAGCGCUUCUCGUACUGCAGCACAACCAAAACAGCGUUUGUCAAUUACUAUUGUUGCCUGUUGAAGUUGACCAGGCUGUGUUUUAACAUUGGGUCGUUUCUUGCGUAUUGUGUAUUUGUUUGGACGUCUCAUCGGAUGGGCUUGAAUGCCAGUUUUGUAUUUUAGAUGCCACCAACUUAAGUUGUUGAAAAUAUGCACACAGACACAUAUACCGUACACAUACUUGAAAAUGCCUUAAUUUAUAACUUACACUGGAUGACAAUGUGAGCACUGUAGAUGUGUGUUAUGUACAUAGUUUCGUCGACGUGACAGGGAUCUACUGAACGUUUGAUUUCAAACUUGUAGCUGUGUUGUAUUUGUACUUGAUGUUGUUUAAAAGUGCACUUAAAAUGAUGGCACAUUUGGUGAAAACCAGUCAUAUAUUUGGCACCGUCAUUUACUGUUUGCUGGUGUCUGGCGUAGCUUAAAAUGGAUGGUUGGGCUUAUGGUUAUGAAUGUGUAAAGCUGUUUUGUCGUUUCUCUGUUUUCAUUUUCUUUACUCAGUGCAGGCUACAAAGCUUUCAUAGCAUUCGUUUUAACAUGCUAUAGCAACAGACUUCGUCAGAAAUAUUCAUAUUUGUACAGCAUGAAGCUGCAGUUAGCUUGCUAAGAGCAUUGUAUUUCUGCAAAAGCACAGGUCAUGUGUACAAAUGCAAGACAUAAACAAUGUUUGAAUGUUUCACAGUGAUAACAGUGUAUAUUUAAAAGAUGGCAUGUGUAUUUUAUUAAUUUAAUUAAAAUCAGAGUAUUUACCUAAUCAUAUAUGUAUCGGAGUAUAAUGUUGAUGCCAGUGGUAUUUUGUAGCCAUGGUGUUAAAAUCUUUUUAUUAUUAAAAAAAAACAAAAAACUUUCAUUCAUUUGAACAAUAAUUGUUUCAGUACUUUCAGCAAUUUUUUUCAAUCAUUUAAAGCAUGCCUGUUAAUCUUGUUUUGGUCAGUGAUUAAUCGCUUUCUGCCCAGCGCAUAGCUCUCACUGCCAAACUCCUGGGCUAUGCGCACAGAGCGUGAUACUGAUCAUAAAACGGCUGACUCGCCUCCCCCAGUAAGGGGAGUGCAUACCUCAGACCUCUCAGUAUAUGGCCUCUGUGGCAGGUUUAUGUGAUAUAUGCUAAUUGAGUUAGCCUGGCUAAAAGCACAGUCUUGGGUCUCAUCAACACUCUAAAACCAGGGG